AUGGAAUACUUGGGUGAUGAUGUGCAGUUCUUACGGUGUAGAGCAUCACAUGAAGAAGCAACUCCUAUUCAAAGCUAUCGUCACCACCUGCAUAAUCACCAAGCAACAGCAAAGAGCAGAAAAAGGACGACCGUAAGACAACAGAAGAAGAAGGAACGAACGACGACGGAAAGAAGACAUGGACAAAAGGUGGCGAUAGUAUGGAGUUGA